ACUUCUUCAGCUUCAUCUUCGUAAAUUCUCUGGAUUGGAAUCUUCACAUACGAAUACCCCGUCUCCAGUUAUCUCGGUCCUACCCAAUUGCAGGUGUUGAGAGCCAUGACCUCCCGUAUUCUCGUUCUAGGGGCGACAGGCCAGACGGGGAUUGAUUUUAGCAAUGCAGCUCUAGAGGCCGGUCACCAGUUAACUCUCUAUGUCCGGAACCCAUCCAAGGUACCCGAAAACAUCAAAAGUCACGAGAAGGUCAGCAUCGUCGAAGGCCAAUUAUCAGACGAAGAAAAGCUGAAGCAGGCCGUUGCCUCCGGCGCGACUGUUUUUGUUUCUUUUGCUGGACCUACCUUUGGCUCGACAGGAACCCCCGUAUCAGACAGUCUCAAACUCCUCCUCCCCCUCCUAAUCUCCCACAACUAUCAGCGCGCCAUCAUAACCGCGACCUGUUCCUACACCGCGCCCGAGGACCAAGGCGGCUUGAAGUGGAGAGCUGUCGUAGGAUUAAUCCGACUAAUCGGCGGCUCCGCCUAUCACGAGAUCCAGGGUAUCGGCGCCCAGGUGACGAGCCAGGACCCGGCGAAGCUUAAGUGGACGCUGAUCCGUCUCCCGUUCUUGGAUAACGGGGACGCGAAACAUGUCACGGCUACGUUUACGGGGAGUGGCAAGGAUGGUCUGUUUUUGAGCCGGAAGAGUGCGGCGGCUUGGGUUUUGGACCAGUUGGAUAGUGAGGAGUGGGUGGGAAAGUGUCCGGCACUCUGCAAUUGAGUUGUUUCUUUUGGCGGGGGAUUUGGUGGAGUUUGGGAGGGAUUGUUCGAAUUUCUUUUCUGGGAUUUGCUCGUUUUGUUCGGUCUGGGGAGGUAGUUGUGAUAUCCUUGUCUGACCAGGAAGAAGAAUGAUACAUUCAGUUCAGCGUCUUAUCCCAACCCCUCCCGGAAACAUCACGUUGAUUUGUUACUAGUGCUAGAAGCAUAUCUUUC